CACGGGGGAUUUAGCGCGAAAUCAAAACAAAAUGCCGUGGAUGAAGAAGUGUUGUCCUGCGAAAACGAUUAUCGUAGGCUAGCUAUGGCUAUUAUUUCUCUUUGAAUGUUUCCUAAAAGCUAACGUUAGUGUGUCUGUUACAGGAAACAAAUAAUAUUGCAUUUACUUAAAAGAAACGAUAUGAGUAAAUGGAACAAAUCUGAAAGUUCAAGUUCUAUACCACGUUUGCUGAGAAAUCAUCCGUUGUCUUCUUCACCGUGCGAAAGCAUGUCUCGCUCACCGUCUCCUGUGAAAAGUAUGGCUGGAAGUCGACUUCCAACACCCACUGGAUAUGGUAAAAGCUCCUCUGUAGCAAAAACUGUAACUGAAGUGCCUUUACAAUCCCCUACUGUGCAUGGAUAUUUUGAUUUUAACACAAGUCAAGAUGGUUUUGGUCAGCCAUUAGAAGAGCUAAGUCUGCUUUGUUCCCUUUCCUCAGGGCCUCCCGAAUUAGGUGACUCUAGCACAGUAGAUCUUGAACUUGUUAAAGAAGACAUUGUAAGGCCUAUUUCGACAGAAAGUAACCCAGAAAACCAUUUAUUGUUAAAAAAAUUUCUUGACAGCUCUUAUGAAAAUAUUGAACUUAUCCCAGAAGAAAAUUUUGAAGAUUUAGAACAAACAAAUGCUGGGGAGAUUUUUUCAAGCAGGGAGCAUAGUAAUAUAGAGACAGAAAUAACUGCUCUAGAUUUAAUGAAAGACAUUGCAAAAUCUGAUCAAAGUGCUACUAUUAAAGAGGAAAGAGAUGAUAUCCAAAUGGAAGAUUUACUAUAUAAAAAAGAAGAUAUACCAACCUCUGAGAAGAAAAUUAAGACAGAAACAGCUACUUCAGAUUUAAAGAAAGACAUAGAGAAAUCUAACCAAAAUGAUACCAUCAACGAAGAGGUAGAUGAUGUCAAGAAAGGAGAAUUAAUAUGUAAAAAAGAAAGUUUAAAAACUGCUGGUAUUGAAAGCAAACCAAAUGCAGGUGCAGAGAGAAGUCCUCAGAAGGACAGUGUGAUGUACAUAACUAAAAAUCUCUUGAAAAAAAUAACAAAAGAUUCUGACCCUAAAAUUGUCAAAGAAUUGAAUUUGUCAGUUUGGAAACAAUGGAAGCAGAAGAUUCAGUAUAUUGAAAACAUUGAUGGUUAUAUUAAUUUGACAAAGUUGAAUCUUUCCAACAAUUUAAUCCGAAGGCUUCAGAAUAUCUCAACAUUAAUCAAUCUUCGUAUCUUGGACAUAUCCACAAACAGCAUUGAAACAUUAGAUGGCUUGGAAGCUUUGACAAGCUUAGAAAUACUUAACACCAAUCACAAUAAAAUUGAGGUUUUCCCUAAAUGGCUGCCAAAGAAAUUUAAAAAUCUUCGAGUGCUAAAGAUAACAAACAAUAACCUACGAAAUCUUGAUGAAAUAAAAAAGUUAUCCCCACUUAAUAACCUGGAGAAGGUAGAUGUCAAAGAUAAUCCAAUUUGCAAUUUAUAUCAUUGUUUUGAGUUUCUUGUAUUUCAUUUGAGAAGCUUAAGUACAAUUGAUGGUAAAGACAUCACUCAAGAGGAGAGAAAAUUAGCAGACAACAGAUUUAACCAAGAUGAACUUCUUUCAAAAGAGAAACAACAACAAGCACUUCAAAAGAAAUUUAAUGAUCUUGAGAGUGUUUGUGAUUCUUUAAAUGAAGAAAAGAAAAAAUGGUUACAAGAAGAGACAAAGCUUAAUGAAAAGAUCAGCAAACUUAAGAAAUCUCUACGACUGAAAGUGGAUGAAUUAGCUACUAAGAAUCAAGUUCUAGAAAGUCAGGGAGCAGAAUUAAGCAAAGCUUGCGAGAAGCAAUACAAACUUGAACAGGAGUUAGCAUUUCACAAAUUAGAUGCAAAGUUUGAUGAAUUGUGGGUUCCAUGUGGUGACGACGAUAAUUUAAUAUUUGAAAGUGAAUAUAUGGAUAGUGGUGAAAGUACUUAUAUUGGAAAAGCGAGAUAUAAACAAACUCAGAUUGCUAAAGACAAUGUCGUUUUGUCUGAUGAUCAGUCUUUAAGAUUGGUAUCAUUUAUCAACAGAUUAGAUCAGAAUUCAUUACAGAAGAACGAAGUACUGUGUAAUGCACUAUUAAAAGCAUUAAAUAUUGACUUGACUGAAAAACAAAGGGAAUUACAAGAUGUUAAUGAGGAAAUCAGGAAUGCUGAAGAGAUUUUGGUAGCUAAAAAACAGGAAUUAAAUUCUCCUGAAAAUACUAUUUCUGCACACCUAAAAACAAGAACACAUCAGGCUGGUGACUUAAAGACUGCCAUCACUGAGCUAGAAGAGAAAGUUAAGGAAUGUGAACAGGCGUUGCAUUAUAAAGAAGAUAAAAUUGAUGGAUUGAAGUCAGCUCUGGAAAACACAAGCAAAGAUGACCCAAAAUAUAAUGUGAUAAGCAAAGAACUUUUCAAAGCAGAAAAAGAAUAUGAUAACUCAUUGACACGGUUAAAUGAGUUGCAUCGUUUGUUAGAAGAUGCGAACUCUGAGUUGAUAAAAUGUUUUCAAGAUAUCAAAGAUAUGGAACGACAACUACAAAUGGGUGUCAAUGAGAAUACUGCGCCUGACAAGGCCCAGCUUAAAGAUUCACUCAGAAAGUAUGAAAAUAAAGUAGAAAAAAUUAGCAAAGAGAAUUCGCAUUUAAGAGAUGUUGUUAAAGGAUUGGAAGAUGAGCAAGGAUUAAGGGUAGAAGAAGUUGCAGCGUUAAAAUGUGCAUUGGAGAAAGAAAAGGAGGCAAGACUUGAAGCACAAAAUAUGGGAAGAGAAAAGCUAAAACAAUGUGAAGAACUAACUUUGGAUAUAAAUAAGGAGAAAGAAGAAAUGGAAAACAUGCAGCUACACUCUGCAUUGAAAGAAUUAAAAUCAACUGUGGCCUCAAAAACAGCCCAGAAGAAUGAAAUUUUAAACUACAUAAAAGCAUUGACUAAUGAUUUGUUCAGUGGAUCCAAGUUAACUAAACCAACACAGAUUAAAGAAAAACCAAUGCAAGCAGCUUUACAAAAUCUAAGAAGCUGUUUGGUUGAUUUAAUAAAAAGUGUAAACAAUCUUAAGCAGCAAAUAAAGGACAUUUCUCACAAGAACAAAGAAUUAAAAGAGGAUUUUCAUGAGAUUCAGAAUGAGUUACUGUCUACAAAAGAAAAUGUUAAAGAACUAAAGCAUGAAGUAGAUCUCAAAGAAUCAAAUGAAAGAGUGAUGAAACAUGCUUUGGAUGACUUAAAGGAGCAGCAAAGAAGAAACGAUGCAAAGAACAUGGUAAGUCUAAAAGAAUAUGAUGACAUUGCAAAUGAAUUGAAACACCAAAUUGAAGUAUUGGAAAAACAGAAUCAAAGAUCAACUCAGCAAAUUCGCAAACUUAUGGAAAAGAGUUCUAGUGGAAAGAGUACAAGUGGUAGGGAUGUAAUGUUCCAUGAUGAGAUAAAGAAGUUAAAAGAAGAAAAUAAGGAUGUGCGCCGUUCACUUGCCAAGUCAAAAGAAGAAACAAAAUACUGGCAGGACAUAACAAAGAGAAUUAAAAACCAAACACAAGACGUUCUUACCCGGAAGGACAAAGACUAUGAUGAUGAGAUGGAAAAAGUUUUGGAAGAGCUUAGGUUUACUAAAACUUAUGUUGAUACACUUAGAAAAGAUUUUUAUACAGAGAGGGAAGGCUCAAAUGUAAAUACAUUUGACGAUGUUUUGCAUGGUGUUGAAAGUCGGCUACAAAAUUUUGAUAUUAAAAAAGAAGAUAUUGGUACUAUACUUCGAGAAUUAAAGGAUAUCAAAUCAUUGAUUCAUGAUAUGCACAAUUCGUUUCAAACAAAUCAGAUAUUGGAUGGUACUUUCGACAGUUUCGAAAAAAGACUUAAUAGUCUACUUCAACAGGUACUAGAUGCUAAGAAUAAAACGCCAAACAAAGUUGACAGUCAAUAUCUUGAACCAGUUUUGAUGAAGGCAAUAGAACAGAUUCAGUCACUGAAAGAAUCUUUAAUUGAUAAGGAUAGAGAACUUGAUUGCUCAAAUGUUCCAAGAAAUAUAAUUGAUAUACAAAGAAGAGAAAUAGCUGAGCUUUUGCAUCAGUUACAAUUAAAAGAACAUGAGCUGCAAAGUAUAAAAGCAAGCCAGUUUCAUGACAGGAAAUCAGGAAUUUCGUAUCCCCCAUUUGCUGCAUCUACUCCAAUUUAUCAUGAUAUUAUACAUCAUUACAUCACACCAUGUAAAUCAGACACAAAAAUACCUGUUGACACAACCAAUCAAAUACCAAGUGAUGCAAGACUUCAUCAGCACUUCCUUUAUGACCAAAAUACAGAUGACGUCAAUGGAAAUCCUCUGUAUUGUAAUAUCAAACAGCACGCAACUUAUGAUGAGAGUGGGAAUCUUCUUCCAGAAUCGAUUAUAUAUGAUAAGCUCAAAAAAUUAUCAAAGAGUAGAGAUGAGUUACGAUGGGAAUUGAAUCGAUUGGAGUCUAAGAUAGGAGAUGCUGUUCUUGAACAUUCAAUGUCUCGUUACUCUAACAGAUACUCUAGUCACAUGUAGCAAUUAUUUUUAAUAGUCCUAAUCUCACUGCUUCCAUAAUCUGUCAAACACGGUAACAACAGUUUUUAAAAAAACUUUAGAGGAAAAAACUUUACUCCUUGAGCAUUAGAACAAAGUCUUCUCUUUUCUUUUCUUUUCUGCCUAACUGACAACACAAUCUUUAUUAUGGCAUUACUCAAACUAAAAUUAUUAUUACAUUUUCUAGGUAGAACAAAAUUUAGUUUUUAGAAUUUAAUAUAAUAAUUUAAUAUUUUUAUGAUGUGUGAUAAAGCUAUACUAUUUUUUUUGCUGUUGCUCAUAUUUGUCAUCAGAAUAAUAUUAAAGAAGGAUUUUUUUUAACCCUGAUUUCGUAAUUCCAACUGACUGAUUAUUCGACAUACAGAUCGAUCUACUGACUGACCAACCGACUUGUCAACAAAACCAUUGCUUGAUUGACUGCAAAGAAUAAUUGUAGAUAUAAUCUAACUUAUAUUUUAAUUGUUAUUUAUUUUGUAAAUAGGUUUUACUUAUAAAUAAUAUAAUUUGCAUGUGUUUAAAGCUUUUUUGAUUUGACUUAAAUUUAACAUGUGUUGUGUAUAAAAAGCUGGGUAAAAUUAUUCAGUGUUUUAUAUUAUACAUGUCUUUUAUUUCAUUUUUUUAUGGUCACAUCAUAGAAAGGUAUACACUUUUCUUUUUAUCUUCUCAAUUGUUACAGCUCAUAUGUUCUUGUUUAUAAUAGAGAAAUCUUAACACAUUGAAAAUGGCUGUUGUUCUUAAAUCCCUAGAUUUCAAGGGUGUUAGAGGAUUUCCCUACAAUUAACCUUCGUCAGUUCAGUUUAAUGCUUUUUUGACAUUGUUCACUGGUCCUAAUGGUGGUGGUAAAACGAGCAUCAUUGAAUGUUUGAAUUUUGUUAUCAGCACAAACAACCCUCCAUGCAGUGACAGUGGAAAAACAUUUGUAAAUUCAAAGGCCUUCAUCCAACAGUGUAUAACUCUGUUGAAUUGUCAACUUUAAAGAUAAGAAUUCCAUGAUGGAGAAGUAAAAAUCUGUUUGGAAAAAGAUUGUGAAAGUUUGUUGCAACAAAAAAUAAGUUCUUCAACAGAAGCCAGAUAAAAAUUAGUUCCAUAUUGUUGUUAUUUUAACUAAAGUUAAAACAGAAAAGAACCUGAAUUUUUUGUAAAUCAAAAGAAUAUCCGUGGCUGGCAUCUACAACUAUUUAACAAAUUAGGUACGUGGAAGCACAAAGAAUGCAUCAAAUAGAGAUACCUCCAGAAAAAAAUAUCAUCUUUGAAUUAACAUACUGCAAGAUUCUUUUGGUACUGUCAUUAUGCACAAACUUGUUUAUCUCGUUUCUUGGUUGACUAACACCACUCAAAUUCAUUUUAUUAUUAUAAUUUAUUUUAUGGUACUGAUUUUUUUGAGCUUUUUUGUUUUAGAUAAUUCAAAGAAUUUUAUAUUUCAUGGUUAUUUGUUAAUUUUUAAAUAUAUUACGCAACAUUACAGUUCACACUAACUUACAAAUACUUACAUACUUAAUAAUUUUAUUUCUGAUGUUUGUUUAUUUUUUGAGAAUCUGAGAUAGCCAUUAGUGUGAACAUCUUAGGACUGUUAAAAACUAUUUCAUACAAAGUUAUUUUGUAAGAGGUCUUAGCACCUAAUGAAUGUUAAUGAAACCUGUUUUUUUUAAGAGCUAGCGAUCUUGAUUUUUUUACAUUUUUGUUUUUUGUUUUUGUUUUGUUUUGUUGCAUUUUAUUUUUUAUUUAUCUUUUUUUGGAUUGAUAACCCGUUCAAAUUAGUUAAUUCAAUAAUUUAACUGUCAUACCAUGAAAAAUGUGAUAAGAUUUUAUGGUUGUGUGUUUUAAGUUUAAAAUUUUCCAAUUUCUGAUUGUGGAAGAACUGAGUCUGAGUGACCAAUUGUGGUGUUAAGUGUUUUUAGAUGUGUGGUUUUAGGUGUGUUUAGAUUAUUCCAUUAUUAAAAACAAAUAUAUGAAUUUUUCUGUUGCCAUUUUUCCUUCUUCUCCUGUUGCCAUUUUUCCUUCUUCUUUGUUUAUUAAUAAUACAUGCAGUCUAAUGAUUGUUUUGUUUGCUUUUCAGCUGAGUCUUGUAGUGAAGCAAAUCAAUUAAAAACAUUUUGAUCACAAAAAUUAAAAAAUUUUAACUUUUCGGGUUGAUUAGUUGAAUAGUCGUUUUUUAAUUUUGUGAAGUAGUUGCACCCUUUUUUCUUGUUUUUAUUUCAAAUUAUCUUAUUGGGUUAGUCCAUCAAUAGGAUUGGCUUGUAGUUAUAGAAAAUGUAUUUUAGUUGUAGAGUUCCAAAUUAAUUUGUAGAAAAUAUUAUUAUGAGAUUUAUAAAAAAACAUUGUAGAUAUGGUUGUCAGUUAUUAUUUAUGGUGUCUGUAUGAAAUUUUUUUAGUAUUAAUGUUGAGAAAAUUUUUAAUUGUGGCUAUGUAAUUUUUUUUUGUGGGUAUUAUUUGACUAUAGAAUCCGUGGAGUCUUUUGUGUUUUGUGAUUCAUUUUGUUAAAUAUAUUAUUUGUAAUUCAUUUUGUGAAAUAUAUUUGGUAAAAAUAAAUACAAAAGUUUUAUUGAUGACAUUUUAUUUCAAUGGAUAUUUCAUCUAAUUACUGCAAGACAUUAUCAACGUAUAAAUUGUUACAGUUUAUCAUUUUGAUUCGUUUUCAUGUGUUUUGUGAUUUAUUUUGUAGGUAUUUUUUUAGCUGUAGAUAUAUGGAUUUAAAUUUUGUAUUAUUAAAAUGACAGUGCAGUUUCAGGAUAACCAGUAUAAAAUCAAUUUUUUUGUACAAUGUAAUACUUUCUAAAACCAGUAAAUACAUAGCUUAGAUUGGCA